AUGCUGCAAAGGCUUUGGCAAGUAUCGACAGGUGCGAGUCCGAGUGGGUCGGACAUCUCGGGAUGUCGACAAGUCGAACUGGCAGACUGGCGAGGUCGCGCGCGAGCCCGGGUCUUGACUGAGAAUGGGGAGCCGAAGGAAGUUCGCAUAAUCAAUUUACACGGCAAGGAGGAUGUUUACACCCAAAGCUUCUUCGGGUUGGCAGUGUGUUCAUCGACAGCUCAACGCUUCCAGUGUACAAGGCAACAAUGCUUGCUCCUCCUAGCAGAUUGGUCUGCGGGACAGCGGGCAGUCAUCAAGCAGAGUUUGCAGGAGAUUUGCAAGAUCUUCCCAAGACUGGAAGUGCUGUUCCAAAGAGAACUGCGGGAGGGAAGACAGUUGGUCGCUUGCGCAGAGGACCUUGAAGAAAUGAGCUUCGAUCCUCUUCUGGCUCAUCUAGAGAAGCAGAUUGCAGAGGUUGGAGAUGAGCAUCCUGCAGCCUGUGAGAGCAUGGCGGUUGCUCAUGGCAACGUUGCAGGCUUGCUGAGAAAACAUGGCUACGCUGAAAUAAAGAAGGUGGGUGAGGGAUCGUUUGGGAAGGCAUUACUCGUGCGCUCGGAGGAUGGGCAGAAGCUAAUCUGCAAAAUGGUAGAUGUGAGCAAAGCUUCGCGAAAAGAAAUGGAGGAUGCUGUCAAGGAGGGCAAGUUGCUGUCCGAACUGAAACAUCCAUACAUCGUCCGCUACCGCGAAAGCUUCACGGAGAGUGGAUGGCUGUGCAUCCUCAUGGACUACUGCGAGGGUGGUGAUCUCACCGCUCGCAUCGCUGAGGCCAAGCGGGGCAGAAAACCACUCUCUGAGGAUCAAAUACUGCGCUGGUUCGUGCAGGCCAUUAUGGCUUUAGACUACAUUCACAAGAAACACGUUCUGCAUCGAGACUUGAAGCCCUCGAAUUUCUUCUUAUCGAAGAGCGGGAACUUGAAGAUGGGAGACUUUGGAAUUGCAAAAGUUCUUGCUUGCACGAUAGCUGUCGCAAAGACACAGAUCGGAACGCCAUACUACCUGAGCCCUGAACUGUGUCAAGAAAAGGAAUACAACUUUCCUUCAGACAUUUGGGCAAUGGGAUGCAUUUUGUAUGAGCUUUGUGCACGCAAAGUACCUUUCGAUGCGCCCAAUAUUCCAGGCCUUGUUCGGGAGAUUGUGCGGGGAACAAUCCCCAGCGUGCCCGCUUCUUACUCACCGUUUGUCAGGGAGCUCGUGAGCCAGAUGCUGAACAGGAACCCCGAGCGGCGACCAAGUCCAGAGGAGAUCUUGGCAAAGCCACGGCUGAGAGAAAUAAUGCAGCUCAUGCUCGAUGAAGCACAAGAGGCUGCCCAGGCGGCUGAUGAUCCUGCCGCGGUAGAGCCACAUCCAGAGCCAGCUUCCUCCAACAGUGCGGGCUUCUCGCAAGCUGGAAGUCCCUACAGGACCAACGACAUGGUAGAGUACUACUCCGUGUCUCAUGGAGAUUGGUUGCCCGCUACGGUCCUGCGGACCGAUGGUGAGGGUCGCAUCAUCAUCGACUUGAAGCCCAACACCUGGCUUUCCAAGGAGGACCAAGCAACAAAAGUCCGACGCCGACGCGAUGGUCCGGGAUCAAGGGGCGGCUCACCUAUGAGGACUCCUUCUGUAGCCGGACCAGACAAAAACGGGAUCCGUGGCGCAUUCCCGUCUCCACAAAUGGGGCGGAGCCCUUCUUCAGGAGCCGUUGGACUAAGGCCAGGCAGUCGACCGGGUUCGCGAGGAGCGUCGCCUCUGCAUCGCAGGAGCCCGGCUUUGGCCGCCGGUGCAAUCGCAGGAAUUGGGAGCCGCCCAGGAUCUGGACUUGGCAGUCGACCUGGGUCGCGAGCUGCUUCGCCAUCACACCGAGCGCCAAGUCCUCGUCACGGCGACGCUUUACGGAAGGGUGACCUCGUAGACUAUUGGUCAAUCUCGCACGGAGAGUGGCUCCCGGCAACAGUGGUCAACACAGAUUUCGAAGGCCGUAUUGUGAUCGAUUUGAAACCGAAUACAUGGCUCACGAAGGAGGACCAAGCUUCAAAAGUGCGUCGAAGGAUGGUGCCCGGAGCUCCAGGUGCGCCAGAAGGCUCACAGAUCCGGCAUAGUCCAUCCGCCGACCACUUUGCAGCGCCCCUGCGAGCAGCAUCUCCUAAGUGUGUGCCUUCUCCCGGUCGUGCCAUGUCGCCACAUCGUGCACCUUCUCCAUCAUGGCGUGGCUUCGGUGAGCCAGCCAUGCGGGCACCGAGCCCUCGGAGGCGUGAGCCAACACCGAGAAGAUCAGUGCCAGGAAUGCCACCUGCAGGAGGGCCUCAGCCUCACCUUGGUGACAGUCCUCUGCUCCGUGCAGGUGGGAAAAAUAUUGCGGGCGGAUACUUGCCGCCUUGA